AUGGACCACUCGCACCAUCACUCCGGGAUGAGCAUCAUGGGCCACCCCAGCGCCCCCGCUCCUCCAACCCAGCCUCCAGCCACCACGGGGCCCCACUCCCAUGGUGGCAGUGCACACAUGAUGCCUAUGACCUUCUACUUCGGCUACAGGAACGUGGAGCUGCUGUUCUCGGGACUGCUGAUCGACUCGGCUGCGGCCAUGGCUGUGGCUGUCGUGGCCGUGUUUCUGCUGGCCCUGGGCUACGAGGGACUCAAGAGAGCCCGCAAGAGACUCCAUGCCCAGUGCUCGCCUUUCCCCAGACCCGACGAAGCUUGCCCCAAGGAGACGCCCCGGCCGCAGCUGCUGAGCACCGCUCACCUACUGCAGACGGCGCUGCACAUGUUCCAGGUGGGCCUGAGCUACCUGCUGAUGCUGACCGCCAUGACCUACAACGCCUACCUGGGCCUGGCGGUGGUGGCGGGUGCCGGCUCCGGCUACUGGCUCUUUGGCGGGAAGAAGGCGGAGGAUUCCCGGAACCCUGAUAGGAAUAAGAAGCCUCUGGAUUGCAGCUGUUCUGAUGAGUUUGACUACCAUGCGUUUCCCGAUGACCGGAAACACGCACAGGAGAAGAAGCCCCUGGACCACCCUGGAGUCCUGGUUUAUGGUUCACGUUCUAAUGCAGACUCCAUCCCCGGCUCCCUGGAUAUUAUGCUUUUGUUUGUGUUUUGUGAUUAG